UAACGCGGCCGUUGGGUUUAGGAAGCACUCCACACCCAGAAGAAGAAUGCAAACACUAUCCGUGCCUUCGCCGAGAGUGGCGGUCAGAGCCUCAUGGGACACGCACCAGAGGCUAUCUUACAACCCCAACGCCCCACGAAAACCCCCGAAAAACCCUAACACCACAUCUAAGCCUAAAACCCUACCAAGCGUUACCUUAUCUGUCGCAACGACCCGUUCUGAACCCUCCGUUUUGGACCUCCCCAAGCGCCCCAGCAGUGUAGAAGAAAUUGUGGAACGGGAUGAAUGUUAUAUGGGAUACGAGCGGUGGUUACCGAGUCCUCCAAAAGUGCAGAAGCCUCGAUCCGCGUUUAAUGCAGCGUCAUUAGCAUAUAUUGGUGAUUGCAUCUAUGAGCUGUAUGCUCGCAGGCACUUUUUGUUUCCUCCACUGAAUAUUGAAGAAUACAAUGAUCGUGUGACAGCAGUUGUACGUUGUGAAGCACAAGAUGCAUUGCUCCAGAAACUUCUUAGUGAGAAAUACUUAUCAGAAGAAGAAAGGGAUGUUCUUCGCUGGGGAAAGAAUAUUGGUUCAGCUAAAACACGGACAAAGAGACGUGCUGGUGCUGCAGUUUAUAAUAGAGCAUCUUCACUGGAAACAUUAGUUGGUUAUCUCUACUUGAAAAAUGUGAAGCGCUUGGAAGAAAUCAUGCUAAAAUUGGGAUUCACAACAGAUUCUUCUAUGCAGUUGAUUUUGGAGGAAGCAAAGAGCAAGCAAGUAGGAUAGUGGAUGAAGAGGGCAUUGAAUCCCAAGUUACAAGGAGUGCUGAUAGACCCGUAUUAAUAUUAGUUUGUUGACUUUUGCUAGCAAUUUGGAAACUCUGUAUAUCAUGCAAAAAAAUGGCUUAUUUGGCAUCAUACUGUCUAUGAGAUUAUUUAAAGAUAACCGCAUGGUAUAAUAAUUGUUGAGUUUCCUAGUAGUAAAUUAGAUGGUAUGGUCAUGGUGUCCAUGUUUUUUGGUGCGAGAAGAGCAUAUUCGGUGAGUUUGCAGUUACAUGUAAUAGUGUUGCCCUGUAAUCCAAGUUAUUUAUCUUGCACAAUUUCUCAAGUUGAAA